CCAAGAUGAAAUCUGUAGUUGCCGUCAUCCUCGUAAUCUGUUUCGCUGUAUCUGCCGAUGCUGCUGCAAGAGCUCUUGUAAGAGCCGGCGCCAAAAUCGUCGAUGCUGCUUUGCCCAUUGUUGGCAAGUUGGGCCCACAUGUUCGUACUGGUGACUACGUCCACAACAACCCAGACUGGAGUUUGUGGCGCAGAAAGAGAUGGAACCAACAACCAACAAGCCAAGCCGAGAUGUUGGAAGACGCAUUAGAAGCCGAAGCCAUCGAAGCUCUUAUGCAAGAACAAUAAGCAAUAGGCCAACACCACCUCUACGAUUAAUCCGAACCAAUAAUAAACGUUAAAUAAACAUUUGCAAAAAGAUUUGUUGUUUUUCAUAAAGAAGAAUGUAAAGCUGCUACAGAUGCUAUAUUUGAGUUACACAUGAUAGUACAAUGGCGGAAGAUGGGACUUUUAAGCACAUAUUGCCAAAUAUUUCCAAAAUCAAAAUAGAUGACGAUUUUUGGGUAAUACCACGAAUUAGUACUAUCAUUCCUUUAUGAAUUGACAACAAUUUAAUAAAAUAUAAUAAAACA